AUGACAGAUAUUAAACAUAGCCAAGAUAAAGAGAGACACGAGAUUAACUGGAAAAAUGAAGCUUAUUCACAACAUUCUCAUCAUUCGAUCAAUCUUUACGCUCAACAACUAGUGACGAGUCCAGUUAAAGAUCGUUUAACAAAAAUGGUUGGUAUAUCUUCGACAGCACCGAUUGCUUCCGAAAACUUAGACAAGGAAGAAAGUGAUAGCCUAAGUGGUUAUAGUGACGAUGAAAAUCACAAACGAAAACAACGUCGUUACAGAACUACAUUCACAUCGUUUCAAUUAGAAGAAUUAGAAAAGGCUUUUCAACGUACACACUAUCCAGAUGUUUUUAUGAGAGAAGAAUUAGCCAUGCGAAUUGAUCUCACUGAAGCACGCGUACAGGUAUGGUUUCAAAAUCGUCGUGCCAAGUGGCGCAAGCGUGAAAAAAUGAAUCCAACAUGCGUCCUAAACACACCAACAAUACCAGCAACUCAUCCACUACUUCCAAACACCCAUACGCAUCCAUUAUUUGCUCCGCCAGCAAGUCUUCUUAAUCGUCUCAGUUCGUUUUCUCAAGCUGAAAUCCUGUCAUCCUAUUCCUCCAUAACAUCAUCAUUCCUUAAUGCAACAGCUGCAUGUUUACCAAUGUUUCCACCAACAACACCGUUUUGGCCAUCGACAAAUCAAUUGGGAUCGACCUAUCCAAACUUUGCAAUCUUACAACAAUUAGCACAAAUGGCUGCUGCUUCCUUGGUAUCCACAACAUCUUGCGAAAGUGAAAAAUCAUCGAUGAUCGAUACAAAACUUUCCAACAAUGAUGUGAACAGUAGCCAUAAUAACAGCGCUAGCAGUAGCAACAAUAGCAGCACGACAACAUCGCCCAGCAAAAAACGGAAGCGUUCUGUAAGUAGUUCCAACGAAACAUCGUCUGAUCAGCCAACAUCUUCGAUCACAAGUUUUGUUACACGUGCUGAUCAUGAUGAAACUCGUCGAACAAGUAGUAUCGCUGCACUUCGACUCAAAGCCCAUGAACAUUCGAGUAAACAACAUGACUUAUCAUCGCCAAAAUCAACUCCUGUUAUUGGUGUUGUACAAUAA